AUGUUAAAAGCCGGGGCUCAAGCCCAAGGCUCCUUGGUGGACGGAGGAGUUGGAGACCCUCAAGCGGGAGGUGGUGGAUUUACACCAUCAGCUCCACGCUGCCAAGCGCAGGGUAUGCCUCUGGAACAUAUUUUAGAAACGAGGAAACAAAAAAAGGAACUAUACGCCAACAAGAUGCGUGAGGAGUCGACUAGGCAUUUUCGUGAGUUUUGCGAAUUGCAAACUAAGGAAAAUGUCUGGUCACUCACGAACAGACUUCUCAAAAAUGCCACCCCUAGGCGCCCACCAGUCACUCUCAAUAGGGGCUCCACCUACACCACAGACAGCCAGGAGACUGCCAAAGCACUUCUUGACCACUUCUACCCAGAUGACUCACCAGACACCUUAACGCGACAUCACGAGCUCAGAUCAGAAAUGACUGACCUUCCUCAGUCCCACGAUGAUCCUCCCUUCACCCAGGAGGAGGUGUUAGAGUGCUUAAAACAAAUGAGCCCCAAGAAGACUCCCGGACUUGAUAACUUCACAUCCGACAUAUGUCAGCAAUUUGCAACAGAUUACCCUAGACUCCUGACAGAUAUACUGAACCGUUGUCUUACACUCCAACACUUCCCUGACCAGUGGAAAACAGCAUACGUAAAAAUUAUCCCGAAACCGGGCAAGUCCGACUACAGCGCAUUAGAGUCCUUUCGUCCAAUAGGACUUCUACCUGUGUUUGGCAAACUGUUGGAAAAGCUUUUUAUCAAGAGGGUCGUAUACCACGCGCAGCGAAACAAUCGACUAAACAAAUUUCAGUUAGGUUUCCGGGAACAGACAAACACGUGCGAAGCCAUUCACACAGCUCUUAAAAUAAUUAAAUUAGCCAAAUCAGAAAAACACCUCAGCAUCGCGAUAUCUCUAGAUAUUAAAGCAGCCUUCGACAACGCUUGGUGGCCUGCACUCUUCCACCGGUUGCGGCAUAUUCAAUGCCCUAAUAACAUCUUUGGACUCAUCCAGGAUUAUAUCCGCGAUCGGAAGGUCAUCCUUGACCAUGCGGGGAGGCGAGUCACCAAGACGAUGUCUAAGGGCUGCAUACAAGGUUCCACGUGUGGGCCUGUUCUCUGGAAUAUCAUACUAGACGAGCUGCUCGAUGCGAGGCUUCCAGCGGGCUGUCACAUACAGGCUUUUGCGGAUGAUGUCUUGCUGGUUGUCACGGCCGCGAGUGUCGGCGAGCUGGAGAGUGCUGCCAACUUAGCUCUCCACCAUAUAGUCGAGUGGGGAAGGAGCGUCAAGCUGACCUUCGGUCCCACUAAAACUAAGCUCAUUGCCUUCACUCCCAAGGCUAAGGUAGCCAGCAUUAACAUGGACGGACACCGUCUUUCUUUUGUGCCAGAGGUUAAACUGCUGGGAGUCAUCUUAGACGAAAAACUAAACUUUGGGAAACACGUGAAACAGGUUAUCAACAAGGCCGUGCGAAUCUUCAACACACUUUGUAUGUACUCGAGACCCACAUGGGGAGCCCAUCCUGAGAACAUCAGUACCAUUUACCACCAAGUGAUCGUGCCAACUAUCACCUACGCUGCUGGAAUUUGGCGACACGUUGCCCAGAAAAGGUGCAUCAGGAGGGCAUUCGGGAGCAUGCAGCGCGGAUUUGCCAUUAAGGCUAUUAGGGGAUUUCGCACGAAUGAAGACCUAGACUCUAGACCGGGUUCAUCUUUGGCUUCAAACCACUCUGAAUCUGACACAGGAAAUUCAGCAUCAUCGUCGGCACCACCUCACCAUCCGAGACCGACAAAAAGGAAUCUCAAUCAAACUUUAACCAAUGACGUUUUAUUAACUGUACAGGAUCAUUUUAAACGUCCUGUACAGCGGGAUGAUCGUUUCGAUAUUUUUGGGAAAAACGUGGCAAUGAAGUUGCGUGAUCUUCCUAAAGAACAGCGCAUUUUAGCGGAAGGUAUUAUAAACGAAGCUCUAUUCUUAGCUGAAAUGGAUAAAUUGACUAUUGACCACAAAAUAUCGGAUCGUGCAACAAUACAACAAAUAAAUUCUAACACUGCAGAAUCACAGAGCAUACUUCAGCCAUACCUUUUAGACAACAAUACAGGAGCGGUACAAAUUUCAAUCCCUGAAAUGUCUAUACCUUUACAAGAAGUAAACACUGCGGCUUCAUUUUUAUGUCAGUACAUGCAAAAUGAAUCGUAG